AUGACUGAACCACAGAAGUCCGACCAGCCUCCUCAGCCAAAGGACCGUAGAAACUCUGAAGCGCCUGAAAAUGUCAAACAGUCUACAGCAAAAACGCCCGUUGCACCAAAGGCGACUUCUGAAUCGACAGAUCCUGCUGCGGCGAAGACAUCUACAGAAUUACAGUCAGCUACGAAACUGAAAAACUUAUGUGACCAGGGAAAUGAUGCUAAAUUCGACCAAUCUGCUGCAACAGGACAGCUCGUCAAAUAUGCGCAGCCUGGCGAGCCAGUGAAUACUCAUGAAUCAACAGAGCGGGCCAAAACCACAAGGCCUAUUCAAGCUGGAACUCAGGCUGAAACGGCUAAAUAUGCCCAAGACGACAAGCCUGCCACAAAGCUACGUUCUUCCCCACCAGUCAGCCCUACUAGAGUUUACGAGUUUAGUGAAGACGAAGAACCUGCCGAAGAAGAAGAGCGUAGAUCUCCCCGGUCUUAUCACGACAAGAGCCCAUAUGAGACCGGAAGCCCUACUCGACGGAGAAGUGACCUUGAUCUGGAAGUGCCUAUUGAAGUUGACAGGCCUACUAAAUCACCAAAACCUGAGAGAAAUGCAAAGCCUAGCAAAAAUCGGGAAUCUGGCAAAGGCAGUAGAUCUGACAAAGCCAAGAGAUCCAGCAGCACUAAAUCCCCUGGACUCGGAGAUGUAGUCCAUGUGAACAUGGUGAAUCACGAACUCAGAAAAGCACUUUCAAAGCUGAAAGAAGUCAACGAGAAGCUCGAGACUAACAAGAAAGACCUAAAGAGUAAAGAGGACUCUCUAAAAAACGAAUCCGAAAUCGAUAAGCUUACCGACAAACGAAAGAAGUUGAAGGAAAAACGGAAUACGCUAGAAACAGAGAUUAAAGGCCUGCAGGGGAGCCUUAGAAACGCUUACAAGUGUCAAGGGUAA